AUGAAAAGGUCAGUUCAUCCUUUUUUUGCCAUUCUACUGCUCAUUGUGUUUGCUCUGACUCUCAGCUCUGGGAUCUUAAUCCGCCGUAGUGGCGGGUUUAGCUCCAUUGAGGUGGAGAAACCCAGUUUGAUUUUACAGAAAAAAGUUCCGGUUUUUAAUUCCACGCUGCUGAAAUAUGCGGCUAUUGAUAUAGGAGAGGUUCAAGCCCAGCAUGAAAUAGAAGAGUUAUUAGAAGGAAACUUUGAUAGUCGAGGAAGGUAUAGGUCUUUUGCUACUUGGAGGAGGUUUAAUCAUCAUGAAAUUAAAGCAAGAACGUCCAAGGGUAUUCCUGUAAUGCUUAGGUCCCCUGAGUUUUAUAGGUAUUGGUUAGAUUUUAGGAGGGCGUUACAUGAUUGGUCGAGAAAGAAGAGGUAUCAGCCUGAAAUAAUGGAUGAAUUAAUAGGGCUUGUGAAGGCUCCCAUUGACAGGCAUAAUGGAUUGGUGGGUUCGGAAAGGCGGUAUGGUUCUUGUGCUGUAGUUGGGAAUAGUGGGAUUUUGAUGAAGGACGAGUAUGGAGAGUUGAUUGAUGGUCAUGAGGUCGUAAUCAGAUUGAACAAUGCGAGGACGGAGAGAUACGAGCGAAAUGUGGGGGCAAAAACUAAUAUUUCCUUUGUAAAUAGCAAUAUUUUGCAUCUUUGUGGAAGGAGGCAAGGUUGUUUCUGUCAUCCAUAUGGGGAUAAUGUCCCCAUGGUUAUGUAUAUUUGUCAACCAGCACAUUUCUUGGAUUAUACUGUUUGCAAUUCAUCUCACAAUGCACCUUUGGUUGUCACUGAUCCGCGCUUUGAUGUGUUGUGUGCAAGGAUUGUGAAGUAUUAUUCAUUGAAACGGUUCGUGGAGGACACUGGGAAGUCAUUGGAUGAAUGGGGCUCUGCUCAUGAUGGUUCUGUGUUCCACUAUUCAUCUGGUUUGCAAGCUGUAAUGCUUGCGGUGGGGAUUUGUGAUAAAGUUAGUAUUUUUGGGUUUGGCAAAUCAGCUUCAGCUAGGCAUCAUUAUCACACUAAUCAAAAGGCUGAGCUAAAGUUACAUGAUUAUGAGGCAGAAUACCAUUUUUAUCAUGAUUUGGUGAACAAUCCACAGUUAAUACCUUUCAUUAGGGACACCUUCAAGUUUCCUGCUGCUGUAAUUUAUCAAUGA